ACUUCUUGGUAGCCACAUAAUAUGAAGUGGAACUGAAAAUGAUUUGACAGGGUUGUCAGAAAGCUGAUGAGUAAGCUAUAUGUACAUUAUUGUGGAAUUGCCAUGCCAAAGGAACCAAAGAAAUUGUCCAAUUGUAUGAACAGAGUAGCCAGAAAACAUGAAACUCAUCAUCAUAGACAACCUAAAUAAAAUUUUGUUAAACAGUUCAAAUUAAGACAAAGUGUUAUGUAGAAUUUAGCUCAGUGAGAAUGUAGUCAAAAGCUAGACAAUUGACUUUUCUAACACUGUCACUGUCUCCUUUCCUUACAUGCACUUUUCUUCCAACUUGAUAAGAUGGCCUGGGCACCGGUGAUAAGUGUAAAGGACAAUGAUAGUUUAUCUUCCUUGCUAACAGUGGAACUGAAGUCAGAUUUGCUGUUGAUAUUAUCAGAUGUACAGGACAUUUACAGCGGCCCUCCCGACCUGCCUGAGUCUCGCCUUCUAGACACAUUCAGGCCAGCGAACGUCAGUAAUAUUCAAUUUGGAGAAAAGUCACGUGUUGGCAGGGGAGGCAUGGAGUCUAAAGUGAAGGCUGCAGCCUGGGCACUAAAGAGCCAAUGGUACCGGAAGUGAUUACCUCAUUCGUCAAGUUCUGGAUGGCUGAAAGGUUGGAACAUUCUUUACUAUGGUCGACGAACCAGGGCCAUCUGUGGAGAAUCAGGCUGCGGCAG